AUGACCGACAAAAUAGACAAGCACUCGCUCGAGUACGUGGUACGAAGUGGGAUUGCCGGGGGAGUGGCAGGAAUCUCUGCCAAGACGCUCAUAGCUCCCCUGGACAGGGUGAAGAUCCUAUUCCAAACAAACAACCCGCACUAUCGCCAUCUCGCAGGGUCGUUCCGGGGCAUGUUCAAGGCUAUCCAGCUAAUCUACCACAACGAUGGGUUUAUGGGCCUAUACCAGGGCCACUCGGCCACGCUGCUGCGGAUUUUCCCCUACGCAGCAAUCAAGUUUGUUUGUUACGAGCAGAUCCGCACGUUUCUCAUUCCGCGGGACGAAUAUGAGACGGCUGGAAGACGGCUUUUGGCGGGAUCGUUUGCGGGCGUGCUCAGCGUGGCGUUCACGUACCCGCUAGACCUUGUUCGUGUGAGAUUGGCGUUUGAGACGUCCCACAGCAGGAUCCAGCACGGGCGAGGAAAGAUAUGGCACAUCCUCAAGACCAUUUACUACGAGCACCCGCGCUACAGCUUCACCACUGGGGGUUACAUGGCAAACAAACCCCCACUUUUGCGCUUGCUCCACCGCAUCGUGGAUCGCAAUGUGCACGUUUUCCAGGCCAUGACAAACUUCUAUAGAGGAUUUGUGCCAACCAUCAUAGGUAUGGUUCCGUACGCGGGGGUCAGCUUUUACUCGCACGACAUGAUCCAUGAUCUGUUCCGCCUGCCCCAUAUCGCGCCGUAUACGGUUAUCGACGACGACGCGACUCUGGAGACCACGAAAGUCAGGUCGGAGUCGUCGUUCGACACGCGCAAGCCGCUCAAGAUUUGGGCCCAGCUGCUCGCGGGCGGUGGCGCUGGAAUGCUGGCGCAGGCGGCAGCUUACCCAUUUGAGGUGAUCCGGAGACGAAUGCAGGUUGGUGGCGUGGCGAACCUGGGAGGCCAGUUCUUCUCCAUCGGCCACACAAUAGUGAUGAUUUAUGCGGAGCGUGGAUUCAAAGGCUUUUACGUGGGGCUCGGGAUCGGGUUCCUCAAAAUAGUGCCCAUGUUCGCGUGCAGCUUCUACGUUUACGAGAGAUGCAAGCACUAUCUUCGGAUAUGACUUAUAGACUAUACAUAGAAAUGUGGACCAGUUAUUCGGGUUUGGCAGCCUGCGCCUGCUCGAUCUCGGCGCCGUCGAUCCUGCUCUUGUCGCACAUGGAGCGGAAUAUUCCGUGCGCGUGGUACAACUCCAUCGGUGUGCCAAACUCUGCCACGCGGCCCUUGUCCAUGACAAGGAUCUUGUCGUAGUUUAUGAUCGUCUUGAGCCGGUGCGCAAUGCACAGAAUCGUGCAGUGCGAAAACUCACGGACAAUCGUCGCUUGCACGCGGGCGUCGGUCUCGUAGUCGACGCUGGAUGUGGCCUCGUCUAGAAUCAGCACUUUACAGUCCCGGACAAUGGCCCUCGUGAGCGCGAGCAUCUGGCGUUGGCCGAGCGAGAAGUUGGCGCCAUUGUCGUCCACCACGCUGUUCAGGUGGAACUUGUGCAGGUCUGGUCCUGUCUGCUGCUUUACUUCGGGCAACUCUUCGGCCAAAAUGCAGCCCGAUUUCACAAGCGCGUCGUACAGCAGGUCGUCAGACAGCUGCGAGAAGGGGUCCAGGUUCAAGCGGAUCGUGCCGCGGAAGAGCACCGGGUCCUGCGGGAUAAUCGACAGCCGCGAGCGCAGCUCGUGCAGGCCGAUGUCGAGGAUAUUGACGCCGUCGAUCUCAAUCGUUCCAUCGGGCUCACUCAGCCGGUAAAGUGCCGUCAUGAUUGUGGACUUUCCCGCGCCUGUGCGGCCGCAAAUGCCGAUUUUCUCUGCUGCUGCAAUCUCGAGGUUGAGGUCCUGGAGCACGAGCGGCAGGUUUGGACGGUACCGCAGGCUUACGUGGGAGAACUUGAUUUGGCCGUGCUCGG